UUGCACAAUAAUAAUUUCAUUCAUUUUCCUGCCGCCGAAUCUGUGCGCAUUGAUAAGAAAUAGAAUAAGGGAGAAAGUUUCUAUCGUCACUACAUUGCAGAUCACUGUGAUGCCCGAGACCCACACUUCAAAAUGAGCUAUUGCAAGUGCACGAUUGAUUAGGUCUGGGUACUCAAUCGAAAUGCAACAUCUAAUAACUACAAAACUUGUAUUCUGGUCUACACGCAAACUGUGAGGAUGAGAAUAAGAGUGAUUUAUCGAUAUUCACGACGGAGUAAAAUGCCGUAUAAAGCAUCAUUUGUUUUGCAUCUGGGGGCGUUGGGACGGAAUCGACCAUCGUUCGAGGAGCAGUGAGGGAUCACCGCGAUUCUCUCCAUCCAGUUUCUCAUUGGUUCCAAGCUCAUGGGGUCGGACAACGUUAUUUAGUUCCGGUAUUCCUUCCUCCGAUCUGCGUCCUCUGGUCUUCUGCCGAUGAGAGGCGGCGACCAACGAUAGUGAAUGCGUCGCACUUCUGCACUCCCUCGGGCUGCUUCCGAUUGCGUGCAGCGAUGCUUUCUCAUACAAGACCUCGAGGAAUCGCCUUGAGCUCGUACUUUAUCGGGGUUGCUGAUGUCGAUUUCGAUCGUCAGGAGGUGUUGAGCUUCAGGCGUUGUAGUUUGGGCACCCUUGAGUGAUGCGGAGUUCUCACUUCGCAAAGCUGUAUUGAUUCUGCCACAACACUUACGAGAAAACCUAGCGAUGCAGUAAUAAUCGUUUCUAAUUCGAACCUUGCUCGCGUUUUCGUAAGACCUCUUUUUAAUCGCCCCUCAAAUCUCGACAAUUCCGUACGUAAAGAAGAAAGCUCACUAGAUGAGCAAGAGUUGAGGUCUCAGCCACUUAUCAACCAUCACACAUUUGACAGUGCCCCUGAAAUCGACUUACAACCAUGGCAGGGGUUUUUCGGCGCGCCAGCCGGUCGUGGUCAAGAUCACUCGAGACCCUCAAUGCAAAAGUGGGGGAGAGCAAAGUCGGCAAGUACUUCAAGCUGGAAGAGCGUAAUUCUUACUUCACCCAAGAGAUCCGCGCUGGAACUGCCACUUUUCUGACAAUGGCUUAUAUCCUCGCCGUCAAUGCGAGCAUUCUGACGGACUCCGGAGGCCCUUGUAGUGUCGAUGACUGCCUUCCAAUGUGUAGUAAUUCCGCUUUCGGUUUCGACGUUACAUCAUGCGUAGCUGCGGGCUCACAGAUGAUGGCCCCCACUCCUGCUUGCAAGUUCGCCCCAGUAAACCCGGGAUACCAAGCCUGCUUGGCAACCGUCCGCAAGGACCUAAUCGUUGCCACUGCCGCUGCCUCCCUCAUAGCCUGCUUCAUAAUGGGCAUGUUUGCAAAUCUUCCCCUUGGGCUAGCUCCCGGUAUGGGUACCAAUGCUUAUUUUGCCUACACCGUGGUGGGGUUCCAUGGUGGUGGCAACAUCAAGUACCAGUCGGCCUUGGCGGCUGUUCUGAUUGAGGGGAUAAUCUUUCUCGUCAUCGCAGCUCUCGGGUUCCGGACGAAGAUUGCGAAGCUCAUGCCCCGGCCAGUUCGACUCUCUACCUCUGCAGGAAUUGGGCUAUUUUUGGCGUUUAUUGGCUUGCAAGCGAGUGAGGGAGUUGGCUUGGUUGCAUACGACGGCUCCACUCUUCUGACACUGGGAGCUUGCCCACGUGAAUAUCGUGUCUCGCUGGCUCCCGUCAUUGAUGUCAAUGGCACCAUGCAGCUCAUGCCUGGUGGAACAACAUCUAGUGCAAUCAUGUGCACAAAGCAUCGCAUGGAGGAUCCCACUUUCUGGCUCGCAGUUGUGGGAUUUCUCAUCAUCGCAUAUUGCAUGAUAAGGAACAUCAGAGGCGCUAUGAUCUAUGGCAUUGUAUUUGUAACGGGAGUGUCGUGGUUCCGCCACUCGAAGGUUACGUACUUCCCAAAUACCGAAGCUGGUAAUGCAUCCUACGCGUACUUCAAGAACGUAGUUGACGCCCACAAAAUACAAUUAACGGCAGGCGCACUGAGCUUCACGGAGUUCAAUACAAGUGAGCUUUGGGUAGCAUUGAUCACCUUUCUCUAUAUAGACAUCCUUGACACAACUGGUACUCUGUUCACGAUGGCAAAGUUUGCCGGAUUCGUGGAUGCCCAAGGCAACUUUCCAGGGCAAUACUUUGCAUUUAUGAGCGAUGCAACAGCUAUUUGUGCGGGCUCCCUGCUGGGAACCUCCCCUAUCACAACUUUCAUUGAAUCCUCCACAGGCAUCCGAGAGGGUGGACGAACUGGCCUGACGGCGAUAACAGUUGCUUUUUACUUCUUCCUGUCGUUGUUUUUCACACCACUUCUGGCAUCUAUUCCUCCCUGGGCAGUAGGACCGGCGCUUGUGCUAGUUGGGGUGAUGAUGCUCAAGUCCGUCGUGGAGAUCAACUGGGAAGACUUGCGGGAGGCUAUACCUGCGUUCAUCACCAUUAUCGUCAUGCCGCUGACAUACUCCAUUGCCUACGGUUUAAUUGGAGGAAUUUGCACCUUCAUCGCCUUGCACCUCUGGGAUUGGGCGUUCCUUGGAUAUAACAGGUUGCGAUUUGGUGAUAAAAAGAGUCCCCAUCCGGAAAAUCCUGACAAGAUCCCCAACCCUGAGGUGGAAGCCACAGAAGGGAAGCUGUAGCUUUCGACAGCGGGGUCAGUACGUGAUGAAUUCGUAAGCUGUUAUUCAAGAUCUCGUUGAAUUUUUUACCUUCCAGUCAGAUAGAAAGUAGGUGUCAUGCUGUAGAAUAUCAGUGCCAGAUGUAGAAAAUGUCUCUUCUAGUGUAGUAUUAUUAGACCUCUGACGCCCUUUGCUGAAGCGUGAACUAAUCUCGAUUUCGCCGGGCCACCUUGAGGUACUUGCAAAAUUACAAGCGUUAGACUCUCAGGAUUGGAUACAAUUGUAAUCUCCAUGUUCGAAUCUUGAUGAACAAACAAACAAGCUAAUUUACUUUCGAAGUGCAUCCGCACUGAACAAAUUUCUUCCUGAGACAACCA